AUGGGAAUUAGUGGACUGAACACAUUCAUCAACUCUAACUUUGGUAAUAGGAUCACGGUUAAUCAGAGAUUCAAGUACAAUGUUGUCUUGAUUGAUCUGAACAACAUACUUCAUGUCUGUGGAAGAAACAUAUCAAAUGCACAACAGAUGAUAGAGAAGAUGAACAAGAAGCUAAGGGAGAUUGUAUAUAUUACAAAGCCAACAGAGUUAUACAUUGCAAUUGAUGGACCAGGUCCAAGGGCAAAGAUUCUAGAACAGAGAAGGAGAAGAAUGGGCUCAUCAUUAAAGAUUGCAAAAGAGAAGCAUCUCAAGGAGUUCCAUGGAUCUAAGGAGAAGGAUGACAAUACAACAACGACAACAACAGCGACGAAAAAGAAGUCAAAGAUGGGCAUUGAUCCAUCACUCAUCACACCAGGCUCACCCUUGAUGGAGGAUAUCAAGAACAGUCUACGUGAUUUCACCAAGGAGCUAAUGGACAACCCAAGGUUAGCAGUUAACAAGGUUGUCAUAUCACCAGCCGACUCCCAAGGAGAGGGAGAAUGGAAGAUGUUCCAAUACAUCAACACUCUACCAGAUGAUGCACAGCAUCGUAACAUUGCCGUGGUGUCAACAGACUCUGACCUGAUACUCUAUGCUUUGUCAUCUAGCAAACAAAUUCACCUGAUCAUAGAGGUCAGGACUAGGAAGGCGAUGGACUGCGACAUACUCAAGACAGAGCUGGCCAAGACAGCUCCAAGACGUUCAAUGGAACACGUGGUUGGUGACUUUGUCUUUCUCAACCUAUUCAAUGGCACUGAUUACCUGCCUAAGCUCAGUGGAUUCCACUUUGAGAGUGUAUGGAACGUGUACUGCAAGGACCAAAGCACAACUCCAUUGCUAGACAAGCAGACCAAUAUUGUGGAUUGGUCAUUCCUCCAGCGAUUGAAGCCAAGUUCAUCGAGAUCAUUGUAUAGAUAUGAGAAAUCAACCUACAAGCCAAAGGUGGACAUUAUCAACAUUGUUCACACCGUAAUGUCAAUGGCAUAUGGCUGUACCAAGAUCAACUUGGUACCAAUCUACGAGGAGGAGGAGAUAGCAGUUGGCGACAAGAUCACAUACACAAUCAAGAUGUACGUCAAUGAGGAGUUGAUCGGAGAGGGCUCAGGCGAGAAACGACACAAGGUUAAGCAGAUGCUGUGCGAGCCUCUGCUAGAUCUCCAGCAUCCAGUGUGGCUCAAGUACUUGCCGAUGAUAUCACCGGAUCAUUUGAAGAGGAUCCAGAUAAGGCUGGAGCAAAGGGAGAGCUCAAGCAAGAAGCCUGGUACUGAUAGCGAGACUGCACAGCGUUUCUUGGAGGGUGUCCUAUGGCACCAAGCCUACCUUUCCACGAGUGUCCAGAACUACUCCUACUACUACCCUUACGGCAGAGCGCCAUCCUUUGCCUCUGCUGCAAUGCCCAAGGUCACAAACGUCUUUUUGAGUAACGACCAGCCCUUGUUCCCUCUGUUAUUCAACAUUGCACUGUCCAACGAUGUGACAAGGAACAUACCUAAGGUCUUCCAUAGUAUCUAUGAGAAUCUGCCUCACUUUGAUCCAGAGCAGGAGGGCAUCUGGUACGCAGACGGCUGCAUGGAGUCACUGGAGAAGUUUGUGUUGGAGCUUGUUGAGGCGAAUCGAAAGGAUCUCACACCAUUCCAGCUGUCCCAACUGGAGUUCCAUCCAUGCAUAACCAUUGAGAGGACUGGAGUCCAAUCACAGUCGAACAAUCAUUACGACAACAGAGAGCCGAGGUCACAGUCGCAUCAUGCUCGUUUCAAACCAACUCAAAAUGCGUUCCCCAGUCCUCCACAUCCCUCUCAACUACCCCUGCCCAGUUUCAAUCAGCCACAGCAACAACAACCCAUCAUCCCUUUGGUGCAAGGAUCACAAGACACACAGAUGCAAUAUGUCAAUCAACAGGGUCCAUCACGUCAGCCUUAUUAUCAGCAACAGCAACAGCCCCAACAGCCAUAUUAUCAGCAACAGCCUCAACAGCCAUAUAAUGAACAGCAACAGCAGGAUCAUAGGCCUUUCAACAGAGGAUACAAGAAGCCAUAUCAGCAGCAACAGGAGCAACAGCCUUAUGAUCAUCAACAAAAGCCCUACAACAACAACAAGGGAUACAGGAAACCUUAUCCACCGCAACAGCAGCAACAGCAACCCGAUGUGGCAGGUGAGCAGCCGCAGCAACAGCAGCCAAUCGCUGGAAAACAGCAACGACCUCAUUAUAAGAAAUUCUCUAGAGGCCCCAAUGACCCUAACUACAGGAAGGCUGAUCCAAAGCCUGAUGCCCCACAAUAA